AGGUCUCUAACUUCUCUAGACUAGUCCGCCUCGUAUUCCUAGCGGAUUCGGUGGCCGGGGCGGUGAGGUCCGGAGGCGGAGGUCGGGAUGAACGCGGGACACGGGGGAUCCGUGCGGACGUUGCGGGUGCCCGGCCGCCAUGGCUACGCCGCAGAGUUCUCCCCGUACCUGCCUAACCGCCUGGCCUGCGCCGCCGCGCAGCACUACGGCAUCGCGGGCUGUGGAACCCUGCUAAUAGUGGAUCAAAAUGAAUCUGGGCUUAGGCUUUUUAGAAGCUUUGACUGGAAUGAUGGUUUGUUUGACGUGACCUGGAGUGAGAACAAUGAACAUGUCCUGGUCACCUGUAGUGGGGAUGGCUCGCUGCAGCUCUGGGACACUGCAAAAGCUGCAGGGCCACUGCAAGUCUACAAGGAACACACUCAGGAGGUAUACAGUGUUGAUUGGAGCCAAACUAGAGGUGAACAGCUUGUGGUGUCUGGUUCAUGGGAUCAAACCAUCAAACUGUGGGAUCCAACUGUUGGGAAGUCUUUGUGCACCUUUAGAGGCCAUGAAAAUGUCAUUUAUAGCACAAUCUGGUCUCCCCACAUUCCUGGUUGCUUUGCUUCAGCCUCAGGUGAUCAGACUCUGAGAAUUUGGGACGUGAAGGCAGCAGGAGUCAGAAUUGUGGUUCCUGCACAUCAGGCAGAAAUUUUGAGUUGUGACUGGUGUAAAUACGAUGAGAAUUUGCUGGUGACUGGAGCAGUUGAUUGUAGUUUGAGAGGCUGGGACUUAAGGAAUGUUCGACAACCAGUGUUUGAACUUCUUGGCCAUACGUAUGCUAUCAGGAGAGUGAAGUUUUCACCAUUUCAUGCUUCUGUACUGGCCUCUUGCUCCUAUGACUUUACUGUAAGAUUCUGGAACUUCUCUAAGCCUGACCCUCUUCUUGAAAUAGUGGACCAUCAUACAGAGUUUACUUGUGGUUUAGAUUUAAGUCUUCAUAGCCCUACUCAGGUGGCUGACUGUGCCUGGGAUGAAACAAUAAAGAUAUAUGAUCCUGUUUGUCUUACUGUGCCUGCUUGAGACAAACUACUCUGGUCAGAAACAGAAUAUUGGCUGAAGAACUACUUACCAGAAAAUCAAUUCUAUUGAUAACAUAGUCAUUAUGUGUUUACAUGCUAUUUAGAUUUCAAAUUUUAAAAAUUUACCCUGAAUCAGUUUUGAGGCAGCUGAUAAAGACUUUAGCUAACCAUUUAAGCCUGAUACAUAUACCAUAUUUCUUAAAAUUCUAAGGAAUAAUUGAUGUUAGGGUAUAUCUUAUAGCAUCUAUUAAAAUAUAACCUCUGUAUUAUAAAAUGAAAGAAAAUACAGGAGAUGCAUAGAGUAUAUAGUGACAUAUUUCAUUUUUAAUGUGUCAUUUUUGAUGUAAAAUAUAAUCAUUGCUGUUGAUAAAAAUUAGAAUAAACUGCAUCUCUUGAUCAUUUAUUAUUAAAUGACAUCCCCAGCAAGAUUGCUUUUUCUAAUGUGGUACCUGUAUGAAUACAAUACUGUACGUAAUGCAGAUGUAUCUUUGAUUUAGUAACAGAGCUCUAAUAUAGAUUUGGUUUGUUUAGCAGGUAUUUAUUGUGCAUCUGCCAUGGGCUUGACACACAGACUGAAUGACUCGCUCAAGGACUGGUGCUGUGCUUUAAGAACAUGGGAUGUUAUGAGUUGAGCUUACUUUUUUCCUUUUUUAGUUAUUCAAAUCUUUUUAGAUAUUGUUUCAUGACCCUAUAUUUCUCUCUUCCUACUUCCCUGCUAUCAAGUGUUUAAAACAACAACAACAGGAGAAAAAACUGGCUACUGGGCAAAAAGUCUGAGGUUCUACUAUGGUUUCAAGCUAUUACCCUUGACAUGGGCCCUAAAUAAUGCCAUCAGCCUUUUGUACUACCUCCCUGCAUCUCCUUGAAAAAUCUUUAGGUGUUGAUGCCCUGAAAAAAAAUGAGUUAAAAGGGAAAAAUUAGUAAAACAAACAACUUUGCAUAACAUUUAUGUUUUUAUAUAAUAUUAAAAUAAAAUGUGUUAUAAAUGACAAAAAUUAUCAUUAAAUUUUUAACAAGUUAAUGAGAAUUUUUAA